CGGCGGGGGGCCCCCGCGGGGCCGCCUGGCCUAGACGUUCUCGGCGGCGCCGACGCGCGACGCGGCGUCCGCGUCCGACGCGCGCUCGAGCCAGCCGAGGUCGAGGCUCUUCUGGACGAGCGCCUGCGUGUCCAUCUCGAUGACGACGGCGAUGGCGAAGUCGUGCUGCAUGUGCUUCUCGGUGGCCAGGUACUGCGCGUAGCGGUGCCGCAGCGCGCAGAUCUUGUGGAAGCGCCGGACCUCGUGCGCGCUCAGCGAGCCGUCGCCGUUGGAGUCGAUGCGGUCGUAGGCGCGCUUGAUGGCGUGGACGCCCUCCAUGUCGACCUUGCCCUGGCGCAGGAGCUCGAGGAUGAAGAACUCGCCGAACUGCACGGUGCCGUCGUCGAUGCUCAGGCCCGCGACGCGGUUGAACUCCUCGUCCGUCAGGUCCGAGGGCAGCGUCACGCGCGCCUGGACCAGCGAGUCCACGAAGAUGUUCGCCACCAGGCCCAUGGCCACGCCGAAGAGCGGCACGCCGAGCAGGCAGAAGACCGCGACGAAGUAGGCCGAGAAGUCGUCGCCGAGGCCCGUGCCGUCGCCCCGGAUGGCCGGCGCCUGGAGGCCCGCCGUCGACAUGGCCGCCACCGAGAAGUAGAGCGAGCGCACGAAGCCCCACUUCUGGUCGACCAUGCCGAAGACGACGCCCACGCCGACCCAGAGGACCAUCGCCAGCAGCGCCUUGCGCGUGAACGUGAGGUGCUUGCCGCACGACUCGUGCCAGAGCUUGUCCAGGACGUCCCAGCAGUCCGUCUUGCCGUCGCCGUCGACGUCCUCGAUCUCCGCGCCCGUGAGCACGCCGAUGAGCGUCAUCGAGCUGUUCGUCGCGUUCUCGUCGAGCUUGUCGAGGUGCUGGAACCAGCUCUCGACGUAGUAGCCGAGGGCCGCGGCCGCCGCCGUCGCGCCCGUCGCGAUCAUGAAGAUGGACCAGAGCUGGCUCUCCCACUUGUCCUCGCUCAGCGCGCCGAAGCCGAUGCUGAAGCCCGCCUGCACCGUGUAGUAGACCGACGCCCCGAAGCUCCACUUGUUGAUGGCCUUGUAGACGGCCGCGCCCACGAGGACCCAGGUGAGCACGACGACGAAGACCUUCCAGCCGCCGUUGAUGCUCACGUCGACGGUCUCGGGCUUCUCCUUCUCCGAGAGCGGCACGACGACCUGCGGCGGCGGGCGGCGUGCGGGUUGUGGGCCGGGGGCGCGGCGCGGCGCGGCCGCGCGGCCGAGGGCCCCCACGAAUGGAUUCCGCGCGGGGUGGUACGUGGCUGUCGAGGAUGUCCCCGGGCCGCUGCUUGAUGAGGCGGUUCUGCCAGCGCUUGACCAUGUUGCGCUUCACCUUGCGAUUCGUCUCGCCGCUCAGCUUGACGUGGUAGGGGCUCCGCCGCUCCAUGGGCUGCCC